AUCCCGCCAAAGGAGAAGCCUUUAUGCCUCUCCAAAUCGGAAUUUGCUAAUCAGAGGUUUUAAGAAGAAGACGAAGAAGAAGAAGGGUUUACGAAGAACCCAGAUUUGUUAAGAAAUGGAUGUACCGGAGGAGACGAGGCUUCGCCACAAGCGAGAUUUUAUCCAGUUCCUCGAUAACAUGUAUAUGGAUGAAAUCAAAGCUUUGGUACAGCAAAAACGUCACCGUCUCAUUGUUAAUAUCUCUGACAUUCAUCACUACUUCCGCGAUUCUGCCUCUAGGAUACUGAAGAAUCCAAAUGAGUAUAUGCAGUCAUUUUGCGACGCAGCCACUGAAGCUACUCGCGGUAUUGAUCCUAAAUACUUGAAGGAAGGAGAGCUAGUCCUUGUUGGUUUUGAAGGUUAUUUUGUCUCUCGUGUUGUCACUCCUAGAGAGCUUCUCUCUGAGUUUAUAGGAUCUAUGGUCUGUGUUGAGGGCAUUGUCACCAAAUGCUCUCUUGUGAGGCCAAAGGUUGUUAAAAGCGUACACUUUUGUCCAUCAACCGGUGAAUUUAUGAAUCGAGAUUAUCGAGACAUAACAUCUCAUGCCGGUUUACCCACUGGGUCUGUCUAUCCCACAAGGGAUGAUAAGGGCAACUUAUUGGUGACUGAGUAUGGGCUGUGCAAAUACAAGAUCAUCAGACCUUGUCAAUCCAAGAAGUGCCUGAAAAUGCUGCUCCUGGUGAUCGAGUGUCUGUUUUCGGCAUUUACAAAGCUCUUCCAGGGAAAAAGCAAGGGUAGUGUAAAUGGAGUCUUUAGGACUAUCCUCAUAGCCAAUAAUAUCGCUCUACUCAACAAAGAAGCAAAUGCACCUAUAUACACACCACGAGACUUACAGAACAUUAAAAAGAUUGCAGGAAGAGAUGAUGCAUUUGAUCUUCUUGCUCGUUCCUUAGCACCUUCUAUUUAUGGGCACACUUGGAUUAAGAAAGCAGUAGUUCUACUGAUGCUUGGUGGUGUUGAAAAGAACCUCAAGAACGGAACCCACUUGAGAGGAGACAUCAACAUGAUGAUGGUUGGUGAUCCAUCUGUUGCCAAAUCUCAACUUCUGAGAGCGAUAAUGAAUAUUGCACCAUUGGCUAUAUCAACCACAGGCCGUGGUUCUUCCGGUGUUGGGUUAACUGCUGCUGUGACUUCUGACCAAGAAACAGGGGAACGAAGACUAGAAGCUGGUGCAAUGGUCCUCGCUGAUAAGACUGUAACGAUUGCAAAAGCCGGUAUCCAUGCAUCACUGAAUGCUAGAUGCAGUGUGGUUGCAGCUGCAAAUCCCAUAUACGGAACUUAUGACAGAUCACUGACUCCAACAAGAACAUUGGACUUCCAGAUUCGCUGCUUUCUCGUUUUGAUCUGUUGUUCAUUGUGUUGGAUCAAAUGGAUGCUGGUGAAGCAGGGCCAGAUGGGAACUUACCAUACGCGGAGAGAGGAUGAUGGUGAGAGUGAAUUGUUUGUUAAGUAUAACCAAACGCUACAUGGGAAGAAGAAAAGAGGCCAAACACAUGAUAAAACCCUUACGAUUAAGUUCUUGAAGAAGUACAUUCAUUAUGCCAAGCACCGUAUUACGCCAAAGCUCACUGAUGAAGCAUCGGAACGUAUUGCAGAAGCAUAUGCAGAUCUCAGAAAUGCAGGUUCCGAUACUAAGACUGGAGGUACACUUCCGAUAACAGCAAGAACUCUAGAAACAAUAAUCCGUCUUGCUACUGCACAUGCCAAAAUGAAGUUGAGCAGAGAGGUUACUAAAGCCGAUGCAGAGGCUGCCUUGAAGCUUAUGAACUUUGCAAUAUAUCAUCAAGAAUUAACAGAGAUGGAUGAUCGCGAGCAAGAAGAACGUCAAAGGGAGCAAGCAGAACAAGAAAGAACACCAAGUGGCCGUAGAGGCAACCAACACAGGAAUAAUGAAAAUGGAGAAGAGAAUGACACUGCAAAUGUCGACGGUGAAACUGCAGAUCCAAUGGAAGUUGAUGAACCUCCAGUAGAACAAUUCAGUGGUACGGUCUCUGCUGCAAGGAUUGAAACAUUUGAAAGAGUGUUUGGGCAGCACAUGAGGACACACAGGCUCGAUGACAUUUCGAUUGCAGAUAUAGAGACUGUUGUCAACAACAAUGGAGUUGGCGCUUCUCGUUUCUCUGCAGAUGAGAUUAUGGCUCUCUUAGAGAAACUGCAAGAUGAUAACAAAGUGAUGAUCAGCGAUGGCAAAGUUCAUAUCAUUUGAUCAUGAAGAAAUCCAUAUUGAUUGCAUCAUCAUCAUAUUAGAACUCAAAAUAGUGUAGUAAGAGAAGAGAACUCUUGUAAACCAAAACAUCAUUUUGUAUAAUCUUUAUUCAUACUUUUUAAGUUAUGUUUUUGCAUUUAUUAGUGAAGUAAAACUGAUGACAAAUGCUUAAGAAACGCAUCUGAUUACA